AUGUCUAAUAAUACGGGUCUAGAUAUCUGGUUUGCCGGUGCAUUUGCUGCAUUUACAGUUGAUCUGCUUGUAUACCCUCUCGACACUCUUAAGACCCGUCUCCAGUCUCAGCACUUUGAGACAUUAUACAAAGAUGCUGCUGGCAAGACGAAGCCUUCUCUAUUUCGCGGUCUCUAUCAGGGUGUCGGCUCCAUCAUCCUUAUAACCAUACCGUCCUCGGGCGCAUUCUUUACGACAUAUGAGGCAUUAAAAUUCAGUAUCAAUGAAGCUAUUCCUCCAAACUCGACCAUCUUUCUUCCUCAACCAGCCGUUCAUGCCGUUGCCAGCGGUGGUGCCGAGCUGGUGAGCUGCGCCGUCCUGACACCUGCCGAGGUAAUGAAACAGAAUGCUCAGAUGCUCAGCAGCAGGGGAAAGAGGAGGUCCACAUCUCUAGAGGUUUUUAGGCAUUUUCAGAAACACCCGUCAAGAUUAUGGAGAGGGUACACUGCGCUGGCCGCACGGAAUCUGCCUUUUACUGGGCUCCAGUUCCCUGCGUUUGAAUACUUGAAGGGAUAUUUCCUGAAAAGGCGGAUGGAUCGGAAUGGUGGCAAGCCCAUCGAUGGGAUAGGUGAGCGGGCAGUAAUUACCGCCACGAGUGCUGCAAUCGCCGGCAGUGGUGCCGCUUGGAUUACAACCCCUAUCGACGUGAUAAAAACGAGAAUCAUGCUGGCUGCAGGGUCCGGUGAUGACGGCUUAAAGAGCGAGCCGAAGCCGAAAUCUCCCAGCUUAUUGCAGGCCGGGAUUCAAGGGUCGCGCAAGAGCGGUUUGGUCGUGGCUCGAGAAGUUCUCAACGUGGAGGGUUUUCGUGGCUUGUUUCGCGGCGCCCUGCUGCGAGCAGGGUGGACCACAAUCGGAAGUGGUCUGUACCUUGGCUGCUAUGAGAGUGGACGACACUAUCUCGAGAAGAACAGAAGAGAAGCCAGAGAAGGCGACCACCUCAUGCAGCGAGAUUGGUCCAACGUGAAGGUCGGCAUUGGAGGAUCCAGAUCUCAUGAUGUGGUCAAAAAGAGUGCAUGGCAAGACGACUAA